AUGGAGAUGGUGGUCUCGAGUCGUUCUGAAGAUGAUGGUCUGAGUUGUCCUGAAGAUGAUGGUCUGAGUCGUCCUGAAGAUGAUGGUCUGAGUCGUUCUGAAGAUGAUGGUCUGAGUCGUCCUGAAGAUGAUGGUCUGAGUUGUCCUGAAGAUGAUGGUCUGAGUCGUUCUGAAGAUCAUGGUCUGAGUCAUCAUGAAGAUGAUGGUCCGAGUCGUUCUGAAGAUGAUUGUCUGAGUUGUCCUGAAGAUAGUGGUCUGUGUCGUUCUGAAGAUGCUGGUCUGAGUCAUUCUGAUGGUGAUGGUCUGAGUUGUCCUAAAGGUGAUGGUCUGAGUCGUUCUGAAGAUAAUGGUCUGAGUCAUCAUGAAGAUGAUGGUCUGAGUCGUUCUGAAGAUGAUGGUCUGAGUCGUUCUGAAGAUGAUGGUCUGAGUUGUCCUGAAGAUGAUGGUCUGAGUCGUUCUGAAGAUAAUGGUCUGAGUCAUCAUGAAGAUGAUGGUCUGAGUCGUUCUGACGAUGAUGGUCUGAGUUGUCCUGAAGAUGAUGGUCUGAGUCGUUCUGAAGAUAAUGAUCUGAGUCAUCAUGAAGAUGAUGGUCCGAGUCGUUCUGAAGAUGAUGGUCUAAGAUGUCCUGAAGAUGAUCGUCUGAGUCUUCUUAAAGAUGAUGGUACGAUUUGUUCUAAAGAUGAUGGUCUGAGUUGUCCUGAAGAUAAUGGUCUGAGUCGUUCUGAAGAUGAUGGUCUGAGUCAUCUUAAAGAUGAUGGUCUGAGUUGCUAUGAAGAUGGUGGUCUGAGUCGUUCUGAAGAUGAUGGUCUGAGUCGUCCUGAAGAUGGUGGUCUGAGUCGUUCUGAAGAUAAUGGUCAGAGUCAUCAUGAAGAUGAAUGUCUGAGUCAUCCUGAAGAUGAUGGUCUGAGUUGUCCUGAAGAUAAUAGUCUGAGUUGUUCUGAUGAUGAUGGUCUGAGUUGUCCUGAAGAUGAUGGUCUGAGUCGUUCUGAAGAUCAUGGUCUGAGUCAUCAUGAAGAUGAUAGUCUGAGUCUUUCUGAAGAUGAUGGUCUGAGUUGUCCUGAAGAUGAUGGUCUGAGUCGUUCUGAAGAUGAUGGUCCGAGUCAUCAUGAAGAUGAUAGUCUGAGUCUUUCUGAAGAUGAUGGUCUGAGUCAUCCUGAAGAUGAUAAUCUUUGUUGCUCUGAAGAUAAUGGUCCAAGUCAUCAUGAAGAUGAUGGUCUGAGUUGUUCUGACGAUGAUGGUCUGAGUUGUCCUAAAGAUGAUGGUCUGAGUCGUUCUGAAGAUAAUGGUCUGAAUCAUCAUGAAGAUGAUGGUCUGUGUCAUUCUGAAGAUGAUGGUCGGAGUCUUUCUGAAGAUAAUGGUCUGAGUCGUUCUGAAGAUAAUGGUCUGAGUCAUCAUGAAGAUGAUGGUCUGAGUCUUUCUGAAGAUGAUAGUCUGAGUCGUCCUGAAGAUGAUGAUCUUCGUUGCUGUGAAGAUAAUGGUCCGAGUCAUCAUGAAGAUGAUGGUCUGAGUUGUCCUAAAGAUGAUGGUCUGAGUCGUUCUGAAGAUAAUGGUCUGAGUCAUCAUGAAGAUGAUGGUCCGUGGCAUUCUGAAGAUGAUGGUCUGAGUCGUUUUGAAGAUGAUGGUUUGAGUUAUCCUGAAGAUAAUGGUCUGAGUCGUUCUGAUGAUGAUGGUCUGAGUUGCUCUGAAGAUGAUGGUCUGAGUCUUUCUGAAGAUAAUGGUCUGAGUCGUUCUGAUGAUGAUGGUCUGAGUUGCCCUGAAGAUGAUGGUCUGAGUCUUUCUGAAGAUAAUGGUCUGAGUCAUCAUGAAGAUGAUGGUCUGAGUCGUUCUGACGAUGAUGGUCUGAGUUGUCCUAAAGAUGAUGGUCUGAGUUGUUCUGAAGAUAAUGGUCUGAGUCAUCAUGAAGAUGAUUGUCCAAGUCGUUCUGAAGAUAAUGGUCUGAGUCGUCCUGAAGUUGGUGGUCUAUGUUGUUCUGAAGAUAAUGGUCCGAGUCAUCAUGAAGAUGAUUGUCUGAGUCGUCCUGAAGAUGGUGGUCUGAGUCGUUCUGAAGAUAAUGGUCUGAGUUUUCCUGAAGAUGAUGGUCUGAGUCGUUCUGAAGAUAAUGGUCUGAGUCAUCAUGAAGAUGAUGGUCCGAGUCGUUCUGAAGAUGAUGAUAAUGGUGUGAGUCCUCAUGAAGAUGAUGAUCCGUGUCAUUCUGAAGAUGAUGGUCGGAGUCGUUCUGAAGAUAAUGGUCUGAGUUGUCCUGAAGAUAAUGGUCUGAGUCGUUCUGAAGAUAAUGGUCUGAGUCAUCAUGAAGAUGAUGGUCUGAGUCGUUCUGAAGAUGAUGGUCUGAGUUGUUCUGAAGAUGGUGGUCUGAGUCGUUCUGAAGUUAAUGGUUUAAGUUGUCCUGAAGAUGAUGUUCUGCGUCGUUCUGAACAUAAUGGUCUGAGUCAUCAUGAAGAUGGUGUUCUGAGUCAUCCUGAAGAUGAUGGUCUGAGUCAUUCGGAAGAUGAUGGUGUGAGUCAUUCUGAUGAUGAUGGUCUGAGUCAUUCUGAAGAUAAUGGUCUGAGUCAUCUUGAAGAUGAUGGUCUGAGUCGUUCUGAAGAUGAUGGUCUGAGUAGUCCUGAAGAUGAUGAUCAGCGUCGUUCUUAA